CAAUCCAUCCAUUGAUAUAAAUACCCUGUCAUAUAGAGCUAACAUGCAUUGCCUUAAAAAGCACUACCAUGGAUAUCCACAGAACAAAGUGUGUGUUACAGAACAUUCUUGUAGUGACCACCAUUUUCAUGAGUUUGAUAUCUACUUUCUGUGCUGCUAGUGGAGUUGGGCAAUUGGAGACCAUGGUCGAGGAAGCCGAAGAUCAUUUGGCAUAUCCAAGCACAAGAAAUUGGAUUGAGGAGAUGAGUGGUAUGGAAGAUGAAGAAUGGGCAAUGGUGCAGAGGAAAGGGACCCAAUUUGUAGUAAAUGACCAGCCUUUCUAUGUGAAUGGAUUCAACACGUACUGGUUAAUGGUUUUUGCUGCUGAUCAGUCUACAAGAGGCAAGGUCACUGAUGUGUUCAAACAAGCAGCUUCAGUGGGACUAUCUGUUUGUAGGACUUGGGCUUUUAACGACGGCCAGUGGCGAGCUCUUCAGAAAUCUCCAGGAGUUUAUGAUGAAGAAGUUUUUAAGGCUAUGGAUUUUGUAAUAAGUGAAGCAAAGAAGUACAAGAUCAGACUCAUAUUGUCAUUGACUAACAACUGGGAAGCAUAUGGUGGAAAACCACAGUAUGUCAAAUGGGGAAAAGCAGCUGGCCUGAACUUGACAUCGGAUGACGACUUCUUCACUCAUCCAACACUCAAGAGCUACUACAAGGCCCAUGUAAAGACGGUGCUGAAUCGAGUGAAUACCAUCACCAACUUAACUUACAAGGAUGAUCCCACUGUUUUUGCUUGGGAACUGAUGAAUGAGCCUCGAUGCACUUCAGAUCCUUCCGGUGAUAAACUGCAGGAAUGGAUACAAGAAAUGGCAGUUUUCGUUAAGAGCGUGGAUCCGAAGCACCUUGUGGAGAUUGGUUUGGAAGGAUUUUAUGGCCCCUCAACACUUGACAAAGUUCAGUUCAAUCCAAACACAUAUGCUCAACAAGUUGGAACUGAUUUCAUAAGGAACCACCAGGUCUUGGGUGUUGAUUUUGCUUCUGUUCAUAUCUAUGCAGACUCUUGGAUUUCACAAUCAAUUUCUGAUGUUCAUCUCCAAUUCACCGAAUCAUGGAUUAAAGCUCACAUCGAUGAUGCUGAGAAGUAUCUUGGAAUGCCUGUCGUGUUUGCUGAGUUCGGUGUAUCUACAAAAGACCCUGGUUACAAUACCUCAUUUAGAGACGCUCUCAUCAACACAGUGUACAAGACCCUCUUGAACUCCACCAAGAAAGGAGGGAGUGGAGGUGGGAGUCUUUUGUGGCAGCUCUUUCCUGAUGGAACAGAUUACAUGGAUGAUGGCUAUGCAAUUGUUCUCUCGAAAGCUCCUUCGGCAUCAAACAUCAUAGCCCUUCACUCCACAAGACUUGCCCUCUUCAACUCCAGAUGUGCUUGGAGAUGCAAAUGGAGUUGCAGGAAGAAGAGUCCGCUAGAAUUUUUAUACGAAGAUGACCAGUAAUGUUAUGUGCCUUCCACUGUCACUUCCUUGCGUCCAUUUGUCCAAGUAUGAUAUGUAUAUUCAUCUGUAGAUGAAAAACCUGAAGAUUCACUCUGUUAAAUAAAAGCAAGAUUUGGACCA